GCUCCCCCCUGGCCUCUCCUCCAGCUGACACUCCAGUUACUGGAAAAACUGACCAAACUGCUCCCAAGGUUGUAAAGGCUGGCAAACAGGGAAAGCAACAAAAAGCAAAGAAUAUUCAAACCUGCCGAACAUGAGCUUUUGGUUGCACCUCCCACCACCACUAAGUCUGCUCAAGAGUGUGCACCAGUUGCAGCUCUGCCACCUCUUGCUAUAUCAGCACCAGCGGUAGCAAAACCAGCUGGAGAUGCAGCUGUUUCCCCUGUCUCUCCCAAAGUUGCUGUGGCUCCUGUGGCUUUUAAAGUCAACACCAAACCUGCUGCCCCUGCACCCAAAUCAUUUACAGCAGAUAUGGCCUCCAGUCCACCUAAAGUGGCUGAAGCUCCCAAGGCUCCAAAAGUAUCAACCACUGCGGUUUCAGAACCCAAUAAUUCUGCACCUCCAAAAGCAGCAGCAGCUAAACCUGGCCCUGCUCCAGUGCCAGACGUGAAGCCAGCCCCUGCGAGCAAAGCAGAGUCUCAAAAACAUAAACCAUCUGUGGCCACCCCAAAGCCAGCUCCCUGGGUUACGCCUUCAGUAUUACAAGAUGAUGAUCUCCCACCACUCAUACCACCUGAGAAUCCUGUUACAAUGCCUUUUUUCCCCCCCAUGCUACCUAGCACAAUCCCUGUAGUAACUCCAGCAGCUCCUAAAACUGAGCCUGUCGCUACCAAUAAAGAGUCUGCUCCCAAAGUUAAGGCUGCUCCUGCCCCUAAAGCUGAGGCUGCUCCUGCCCAUAAAGCUAAGCCAGACACUGCCCCUAAAGUUAAGUCUGCCCCUAAAGGUGAGCCUACUCAUGUACAUAAAGCUGCCCCUAAAGUGGAGGCUGCCCCUAAAGCUGAGGCUGCUCCUGCCCCUAAAGCUAAGCCAGACACUGCCCCUAAAGUUAAGUCUGCCCCUAAAGGUGAGCCUACUCAUGUACAUAAAGCUGCCCCUAAAGCUGAGCCAGACACUGCCCCUAAAGUUAAGUCUGCCCCUAAAGGUGAGCCUACUCAUGUACAUAAAGCUGCCCCUAAAGUGGAGGCUGCCGCUGCCCCUAAAGUGGAGGCUGCCGCUGCCCCUAAAGUGGAGGCUGCCGCUGCCCCUAAAGUGGAGGCUGCCGCUGCCCCUAAAGUGGAGGCUGCCGCUGCCCCUAUAGCGGAGGCUGCUCCUGCCCCUAAAGCUAAGCCAGACACUGCCCCUAAAGUUCAGUCUGCCCCUAAAGGUGAGCCAACUCAUGUACAUAAAGCUGCCCCUAAAGUGGAGCCAGCCCCUGCCCCUAAAGUGGAGCCAGCCCCUGCCCCUAAAGCUAAGUCCGCCCCUAAAAGUGAGCCUACUCAUGUACAUAAAGCUGCCCCUAAAGUGGAGCCAGUCCCUGCCCCUAAAGUGGAGGCUCCCCCUAAAGCUGAGACUGCCCCCAACUCUAAAGGUGAGGCUCCUCCUGCCCAUGUCCCCAUACCAGUUAAACCCCCAUCCAUACUGGAGCCAGUCAUCAGGAACGACAAGGGGUCUGGCACUGAAUCUGACAGUGAUGAAUCUGUUCCUGAGCUGGAGGAGCAGGACUCUGCACAGACACAAACACAACAGGCACAGCUUGCAGCUGCUGCUGAAAUUGACGAGGAACCUGUCAGCAAAGCAAAACAAAGCCGAAGUGAGAAGAAAGCCAGAAAGGCCAUGUCCAAAUUGGGUUUGAGACAAGUUGCUGGCGUUACUAGGGUAACCAUUCGCAAGUCCAAGAACAUUCUAUUUGUCAUCACCAAACCAGAUGUCUACAAAAGUCCAGCUUCAGAUACAUACAUUGUCUUCGGUGAGGCCAAGAUUGAAGACCUUUCCCAGCAAGCUCAGUUAGCUGCUGCAGAGAAGUUCAAGGUGCAAGGAGAAGCUGUUUCAAACAUCCAGGAAAACACACAGACGCCCACAGUACAGGAGGAGAGUGAAGAGGAAGAGGUUGAUGAGACUGGAGUGGAGGUCAAGGACAUUGAGCUAGUGAUGUCACAGGCCAAUGUGUCCAGGGCAAAGGCUGUGCGUGCACUGAAGAAUAACAAUAAUGACAUUGUCAAUGCUAUUAUGGAAUUGACAAUGUAGAGAUCAGGGACUGGGUCAAGCUAAGAUGUUGCUGAUUUGAUCUACACUAUUGUUUGUACAAUUUAUACCCAAGAGAAAUAAAGGUGUGGCUUGAUGAAAUUA